AUGAAAUCCCACAACGUGCAAGUGUUUAUCUGUCUAAUCGUGAUUUGUUGCUUGUCCACUCCUCGAUGUGAAGCUCUCAAACUGAAAAAAAUUAAGAAAGCAGCUCUAGCUGUCAUGAUGAUGAACGCCGCCAAGCCUUCAGAGCCGGCCCCUCCAACGACGGACAUGAUGAUGCAUAUGGACGAAAUGCACAUGCCCAUGAUGAUGCCGAUGCCUAUGCCAAUGCCCAUGAUGAUGCCGAUGUCAGAGCCGAUCAGGGCGGAAGCCCCGAUCAAGCCUGACGACAUGAUGAAGGCUCAGCUCAUGACAAUGAUGACCAUGAUGAUGAUGAACAACAUGAGAAUGAAGGAGCCUCUCGAGAGGGAAAUGUCACCUCCCGCAAUGAUGGCACCUCCCGCAAUGAUGGAGGGAGGAAUGGCUCCAUCCAUGAUGCAAGCACCAUGUCCACACAACAUGCCGCUAAUGUCGCCGAUGUCACCUAUGGCAGCUUAAAGCGCUUCGGAGUCAUGAGACUUCGUGAAUGUUGUUCGUUCUCACGGAAUUCGUUCCACGAAUUUAAUUGGACCCGGAGAGAAUAGUUUCUGUGUAUUUGUACAGUGAUUAAAUUAGUCUUCGUCUGACUCGUCGUCUAACUUCGAGAAAACCACCCAAUGUUGUGGUGGAGGUCCUUUCUCGAUGACUCCGCGGAUGACUUCAUGAAACGCCGAAAAUCUUUGACACAUCAGUGGAGGGGAACGGGGUCCGUCAGUUCAUUGAGAAACUCGUCUGGAAGAGACCAGGUAUCUGCAGGGGAGAACAAGAGCCACCGAUACGAGAUUCCGACAAGAUAGAUGCCUACCAUUUUUCCAUGACACGAGUGGGUGCUAUUCAGAAUGAGGGGGCGUCUCACCUCUGAACGAAUCCGGCGAGUGAGAGCCAAACGACCAAGGAAGCGAUACGGAUGG